ACAGUAUGCUGCCAGUGUACAUGAGAAUCAGGCAAGGAUUGUGUUGAGGAUAAGACAGCGUAUAGUCAACCUGGCUGCAGAGCUGUAAUGAUCACACUGAAUGCUGGAGGGAUCGGGAGAGAGAAUGUAGAAUGAAAGUUUCCAAUUCUACAUGUCGGCACAUGUUGGAGCUAAAGUGGAAACUCACAACAGUGGGAUUUUGUAUGUUUGAUUAAUGAGGAACAGCAUGUAUUUCGGCAGUACUUGUCAGAAUGCAGUCUUACCUGCCUUGGUGCGACCAUCAUUUCCUCCUAUGCAGCCAACCCUGGACCUAAAACCCUUUCUUCCAUUCCCAUUGGAUACUGCGGUUAACCUUUUUCCCAACUUUAGUGCGAGCUUGGUUGGAAUUUCUUCCAGGACAGAUCAGUUUCAACCCUUUGGCAGCUGGAAGGCUGGGAUUUCGGGCAGUCAAUUAUGUGUGAGUAUGGACCCAGUUCAGAAGGCAGUAAUAAAUCACACUUUUGGAGUCACUGUUCCUCCAAAAAGGAAACACAUAAUUCCAUGCAACAUCUGCCAGCUAAGAUUUAAUUCAGAGAGCCAGGCAUCGGCCCACUACAAAGGCACUAAACAUGCCAAGAAGCUCAAAGCACAGGAAACCCCGAAAAAAAAGCAGAAAGCUGCUGCCACCAAGGACAGCGCAAAGACUACUGUCACCUUCACCACUGCCAAUACCAUCAAUACCAGCACUGACAGAACAGACAGCACAACAGGAACACCGUUAUUACCAUUAGCAACAGUAACUGCAGCAGAACCAGCGGCAGCACUGACAAAUUGUAGUGUGCAGACAAGUACAGAGACAACCUCGGGGGCCGACAAGAAAGAGGUGGCAUCAACUGGCAGCAACUCCUGCCUUCCAAUGGAGACAGAGGAGGAAAAAGCCAAAAGACUGCUCUAUUGCUCUCUAUGUAAGGUAGCUGUCAACUCUGCCUCACAGCUGGAAGCACACAAUAGCGGUACAAAGCACAAAACGAUGUUAGAAGCCAGAAGUGGCGAAGGAACUAUUAAAGCUUUCCCAAGGCCUGCAAUAAAAGGCAAAGUUGCUCCCACUACCAAGGCAAUUACUGGUCUUCAGAACAAAACGUUUCACUGUGAAGUCUGUAAUGUUCACGUCAACUCAGAAACACAGCUGAAACAGCACAUUAGCAGUAGACGGCAUAAAGACCGAGCUGCUGGAAAACCACCAAAACCCAAAUACAGCCCCUACAACAAAGCCCAAAGAGGAACGACUGCACAUGCGGUAAAACUCGCAUUAAGAAAGGAACUUGGAAAGACACUGACCCCUAGAAUUGUACCGAAUCACAUUGCAGCGAUGACAGCAGCAGCAGCAGCAAGGGGCUCCCCCUUCUCAUUACGCUCGACUCCAGCAGGUGCUCUCUUCCAGACUCAAGCCCUCCCUCCAGCAUUAUUACGGCCUGCACCAGGACCCAUACGAACACCUCAUACACCUGUGCUUUUUGCUCCAUACUGAUGGGAGUGUGGACCGGUAUAGACUCAUAGUACUGCAAUAACUUAAAGAGUAAACAGGGAACUAUGCAGUGAGAUCUCCAUAGGAUCAAAGGCAUUAGAAGAGACUGGACUACUUUUGUAAAGAAUUAAAAAAAACUGAGUGACUGUAGUAAUGUUUCACAAUGUUUCAGCAUUCCUAAUUAGAAUUGUCUAGAAACUAGUGCAUAGUUUUAGUAAGGUUAGAAUACGUUUGUGAAUGUGCUGUUUGACACCCCCACCCCCACAAGUAGUUCAUGCUUUAUAAGCAACAGUACAUGUGUCACAGGACAUUAUCUCUGCAGUCUAUGUAUAUAAAACACUGUAAAGAUUACCCUCAUUAUCCCUAAAGCUAAGUCAGCAGUGUUUGACAACAACAAUUAGGACGAUGACACAAAUAAUGGUAAGCAUUAGUGUGGUGCUUGUUUGUGUCAUUAGUUUAUGUGUUAAAAAUGAAAACUUUGGAAUAAAAAAUACUUACUUUGUUG